AUGAGAAGACCCGAGGGUGUACCUAUCACUACGCCCAAUCUCAUUGCAUCGCCAUGGGUGGGUACGCUCGUUGCUAUGGGCUGGACUGGCCUUCUCGCUCUUGGCGGCCGCUUACGACCGGGUACUUUUGUCAAGUCCGCCGCCAUUUUCAGUGUCCUCAACUUUUCCUGGGAAGCUGCGGGCCUGUAUGGACGACGAGAGUUGCAUAGAGGCAUCUUCAAAAUGCUGAAUAUCGAACCGCAACCGGGCGAGCUCUGGGAGCGGACAAAGUACUGGACCGUAGAAGAUACGACACUAUACGGUGGGGCAUUGGGAAUCGCCGCCGUAUUGAACAGACGCGCUGUGCCUGGUGCUCAUGGAUUCUUUCGAUAUUUUGGAGCGGCCAUGGUUGGAUGUGACCUUGGCUACGCAGUUGGGACAGGCCUUUUUGAGAGGACUCUCGACACUCACUACAUUGGAGAACACAACUGGCUAAGAGGCUGGAUAAGGCCCAGCUAUUACCAACACUUGAAAACGAAUCCCCAAUCCCAAGCAUCGCUUUCUCGUAUCGGCAAGUUUGCGCUCGAGUACCACACGCCUCCACAUCUACGAACCUCAAUGUCUGCAGUACGUAGCAUGAGGCCUACGUUUACAAAAAACCUCAAUGAAAUGCCCUCCAAUCAAUCUUCAUCUGACAGACAGCUGGCAGAGACUGCUAAACAACGGUUAGAGAUCCUACACCCGCCCAUCUCAGUCAGUUUUGUGAGAGACGAACUUGAUGGACCGGACAUUAAAACAGACAGUCAAGAGUGCAUGGAUAGCAUUCCAUCGCGGGAUGGAAACAGCAUACAAGAACGAUUGGGGCGCAUCCAAGAUCUCAGGAGUAGGUUAAGGGCUGAGAGCCGAUUGGCCUGGCAGAUUCUCCUGAACAAGGAACACGAGUUUAUAGUCAUGUCGAGGAUGAUCAUGAAAAGGACAAUCUCCGUUAGGGACUUGUGA